AUGGAACCUUAAAAAGCCCGUUUUUAGCGAAAAAGGUAACGUGCUACAGAUUUUUAAUACAAAAAAUUUUAGGACGAAUAUGAUGAUGAUGAAGAAGAAUGUUAAUAAAUAAAAAAAAGAAUCAAUUAUUUCGGCUAUAUAAUAGAGCCAUUAAAUAUGAAAUCUGAAAGAGAAAAAGGGGAAAUUGACGAAGAUGGAAAUUUAAGAUUGAAGGGAGGUGAAAU